AUGGAGCAAUGGAGGAAUGGCAGACGCGAAUUGUUUGAACAGUUGAACAAGGUCUGCAAUAACAUUGAGCAGAACCUUACAGAUGAACUUGUGGACGGCGACAAUACGAUUAUUCGAAAGGAUGAAUUGGAAAGAUUACGUUUGAAGGCGGAAACUUCUGAAACUGAUAAUGACAAGUACGCUGCUCAGGUCCGAUCGAACGAAGAUUCCAUACAGGAAAAGGAUUUGAGAAUCAAGGUUCUGGAGGAAGAUAUCUCACGACUCAAGGAGGGACUGCAAUUAAAUGGAGAUGCGGCUUCCCUAACCAAUAGACUUGAAGAGGAGAAUAUAAGUCUCACAAAGGAGUUGACGAAAUACCAGAAAGUCGCUUUAAAGGUAGAAGAUCUUGAGCAGCAGAACAAAAACUUGUCGACGGGACUAAGAAAUGCCGUCACACGAGCAAAGGAUGCUGAGCUUCCUAGUACUGAUAAUGAGAGGUCGAGUUCGUUUGGUAAUGGACAUUCGCCCUCGGUGGGCUGUCAAUUGAAUUACAAGGAGCUUUUGAAUGAACACAAGCGCGUCAAGGAACAAUGGUUGAUGCAGAAAGAAAGAGCAGAUAACCUUGCGGAAACACAACGGGAGAAAAAUGUGAAAUUACGUCAAUGGCAAGCGUGGAGUGACGAGCAACAUAUACUGUUCAAGAACAAAGCUGAUAAAUCCAAUGCACAAGCGCAAGAAAUUCGAAAACUGAGGUUGAGGUUGCAAGAAUUGGAAGGAGGCAAGGCUACGACGCCUGGAACAAUGUUGAGCAGUGAUCCAGGUGACAGUGCUCUCCCUCCUCGACCUGAGGAAAUUCCUGUAACAAGGCCCACCAAAAGCUCACAAGUAGAGGAGAAUAAUCGACAAUCCGGCCAGGAUGAAUCUGAGCAUGAGCAAGGUUGCAAUGAACAAGCAAAUCUUGAAUCUCCUAAACUUCCGAGGUAUGGUCGCAGACUUCAGCAUGUGACCAGUGUCGAAGAGACUCAGUUCUUACCUAUUGAGCCUUGUCAUUCGAGUUCUACGCAAGAUCCUGAAUCAUCUUUGUUUGGUGGGGGAGAAAGUGCUACCGUCAGUGAACCAAAGUUGGAGACCCCCAAGAUGCCGUCAUCCGACGAUCCCCCAGAAUUUAUAUCUGCUCGUCCGGUUCGGAAGAGGAAAAGAAACGAACGGGAAUCCCAACGAACACCCAUGCCUAAGGUCAAGGUAGAAAGUCUUGACUCAAGUAGCCCUAUCAUAUCCAGGAUACUUCACGCCAGUGAAAGUCUGGAUCUGGACGACAUUGGCGAUAAGGUUAUAACACCUAGAAAGCGUCGCCGAGCAUUUGAGCCAUCAGUAGAGGAUGUCGAGAAUGAGGUUGAGAAUGAGGUGGCUGAUGAAAUGUUACUUGAUGACAACAUGGAACGAAAAAAGCAAGCGCCCACGCCCGUCAAAACUGUGCAGCCAACGCGGGCAAUGAUUACGCCAGCGAGUAAGAGAGGCAAGAUUCAAGUCAGCACCCCUCUGCGAUCACUCAGUACCAAUAAUCGUAUCCUUCCCAAUAAAGUGGAUCUUAAGCUCCCUGUCAAACGGCAACUGAAAUCAAGUGUUAUGAUUAGAGGAGUGGAGGAAAUACUCGAGGAUGAACAGUCAACGAAUCUCGCGAAAACCCAUGCUUCCGUAGGAAAAGGACGCAUUCCUUCUGUCGACCUUGUCGACAAUCUUCCACCCACGGAAGUCAUGUCCUAUCCAACACCUCAAUCUGCUGCUCCAGAAGUGCGAUCAGUCAUACUUCCACCAUCUAAGCUAUCGACAGUAAUCAUGACGAAUCGCCUUGAUCGCCUUGAUCAACGCAAGAAUGUUAAUAAUGCUCCACGCUUCCCAAAUCAUCGUGAAGACCUCGAUCGGCAAGACAUAAAAACUCCGGUACUAGAAAAGGGCGUGUCCGUGAGCAAUGUUGAGAAUGAUAUCGUCAGGAAUGCUAUCAGUCGUCCUCGAAUUGGCUUAAGGAAUGAGAUUUCAAGGCCAGAGAGAUUAUUGUCUUUAAACAAUGGAGUGGACGAAACUGUUGAGAGACCUAAUAGCCGCUUUCGAACUGGAAUUAUGAAAGAAAUUUCUAGGCCGUCAUUGAAAGGUUCCAGGCGAGGUUCAACUGCAUCGGCCGAGCUGUCCCCAGCACGGGCAACAAAAGCAUUUUGGGAAUCAACCAGGUCACCUGUCAAAUCUACCCCAAAGGCUAAAUCAGGAACUUCCAAGCCAUCUACGACCACGAAAAUACGACCAAAAAGAGUAGGGGGGCCAGACCCCGACUCAGAUGAUCCAGAACAAGAGCCGUAUCGAUUACGAUCUGUAACUAUGUUGAAACUAGAUCAUUUCAAGAUAAAUCCGAACUUCAAUCAAGGUUAUGAUUAUGCAUAUACAGAAGUUGUUCGUGGUAAAGAUCGUCAAUGUCUUCCGGGUUGUGUUAGAGAAAAAUGCUGUGGAAAACAGUUCGGUGCCUUGGCGCAAGCCCUCUACCCUGUCAGAGAUAACCCUACGAAUUCACAAAAGGCAGGGGAAGAUUCUCUCCUGGAAGACUAUUUGGGCGACAACAAACAUAAAAUUUGGAGCAUGGGAAAACUAGAAAGGAAGGAAACCUUAGCACAAGCUAGAAAAUGGAAACUGUCGAAUAAAACGGGGAAGCAUCGAUCAGUUGUUGCAAGGAGAAUUACACCACCUGGAUUUUGGGAUCCUGAUUUUCCUAACACACAAGAAGAUGAGGAAUUACGGAAGAAGCAAAAAGAGUUAGAGCGGGAAAAGGUAGCUGAAAGAUAUGCGGAAGCCAUGAGGCCUGGGGGUGCCUGGUUGUUCAAAGACGAAUAA